CAUACAGGUCCCAGUUCUGUGCAGUCAUAAACAACUUUUUGAAAUCUGACUGACUUAUCAAUGGAACUGAUUUCUUUUGAGGUGGGCGAAGGGGUGCAUGGCGGAUUCUGACGAUAGUUUCUUCGAUGAGAUUGAAUCAGACGUAGAACACGAAGGUGAUGAGACUCAAGCCAUUUUCGAAGACGAGGUGGAACUGGAGCCAAGCGAUCAAGAAAGUCCUUUCAUCGCACAGUUACCCCCAACACCACCUCCUCAGCCAGCGGCUGCGGUUGUUAUCGAAGCGCAGCCACCCAUGCUGCCAACAACUCCAAAAAAGAUGGCUGAGUUUGCUAAUAAGAUGGGAAUGGUCGUAGAGCGGGCAGUGGUCAAUGUCCAAGAAGUAUCGGAGGAAAAGCCUUCAACAAGUGUUACGAAACGAAGCGCAAAGCUUACUUUAACACUGAGUCCGUCGAAGACUAUAAAGAAGAAGAAGCUGGGUUCUGGUGAGGCCGUGAAGACUUUUGUUUUCAUGGACUUCGAGACUACAGGCAGGAUUCGUGGAGAUAUGGAUGGUACUCGACGCCAUGUAAAUAGCAGACUGCGCGACCCGCAUGAUUUUAGCAGUGCACUUAGCGCUCUGAUUGCUGAAACUCAACGCUCCGAAUAUCCAAGAAUCACGGAAAUGUCAUUUAUCAGUGUACCGCGUGAAAUGUUCAUUCGAGGACAGGAAAAGAUGAAAGAAAUGUGCGACUCGGGUGACAGUGGUCUUCGUGUACGCUUAGCGGCUAACGUUCACACUCGACAGCUGAACCCUCAGCUAAACGAAAACCAGUGGAAGGCCUAUGAAGCGGCGCGAAUCGAAGGAAAAAGUUGUCUGAAUCAUGCUCGCCGGGAUCUCGUACUAAAGCAGACAUUUGCGGAAGAGUGGCUAGGUGUUAGAGCAUUCCUGGAAUCGUGUCCGAAGCCAGCAUGUUUAGUUGCCCAUAAUGGUAUCUAUUUUGACUAUCGUAUACUUUAUGGUGAACUAGAACGCUGUGGUUUCAUUGAGAAAGACAUGGGAAUUCCCGAGGAUGUGGUAUUCAUUGAUUCAUGGUUGGCUAUCAGAGAGAUCGAGGAAGCACAAAGAGAAGAGAUUCAGCAUACAACGAAGCUUGUAGACUGGAAAAUGUUAUCUGACCAAGUCACACUCAGUCGAGUUCCCGGUUGUGAGGAUAUCCCUGCUGCUGUGGAUGAAGACAAGGUACCUGUGCAAGAUAUACCCGAAGAUAUGAAUGUGACGCUCAUCACUGCGCCACAGUUGCCAAACGACCCGAGAACUCCCACUCGCCCACCUCCUACCCAUCAGUCUCGCAGCGAGCCUCCGAAGUUGAGUAGUCGUCGACGAUUAUUCGACAAGGAGUUACCUCAUAACGAUCACCCUCUUCUUUUUAUGAAUGCGGAGGAAUGGUCCCCGGCUAAAAUUCGACGCAUCCGUCCGGAAUUUUUCAGGCGUCAACUGGACGGUCGCUGGGAUUUUAAUCGGACUGUUGCACAAGAGAAGACCAAAAAUAAACUAACAAUCAUCUACGAAACGAUCCUCAAGUCCGUAUAUGACGCACAUUACGCUCAAGACGACACUGAGGCACUCUUGCAGGUUUGUCUUGCAUAUGGAAAGGAGUUUUUGGACUAUGCGGACAAUAAAGCUGCUGAUUUUCCAUUCUGA